ACUUUGCUUCUUCCCUUGCAGUGUGAGUCACUUGCUUGUUACAGAAAUUGUUCAGUAUGGUGAAGAAAAUGAGUAGCUGGCCUCCUUGUUUGACUGUAAAACAUAAGAUUUGGUAGCUGUUGGGAUGGAGUCAACAUUGCAUGGCUGAACUUUUCUUCUUUGGCAUAGAAACUUAAAAGAAUAUUUUGCACCUUUAUGCCUUCAAGCUAAGGAUCUCAAAACACUUUAUGAACAUCAGUGAAUUACUGCAAGUCUCGCAGCACCCACUUUACAGAUGGAGAAACUGAGGAACAGAGGUUAAAUGAUUUGCCCAAUGUCAGUGAAGCCUUUAAAGAGCAGUUGGUGCCGCAUAGAAAAAUGUGGCCCUAUGAGAGAAAGGGAAAGCUAAGGAUGCUGGAGCAGAACAAUGGAUUUCUCUUUCUCUUUCAUGCAAGGGAUCAUGGGAAACACAAUUCAGCAACCACCUCAGCUCAUUGACUCAGCCAACAUCCGCCAGGAGGAUGCCUUUGAUGCCAGCAGUGACAUCGCUGAAGAUGGUGGUCAGACACCAUAUGAAACUGCCCUGCAGCAAGGCUUUCAGUACCCUACUCCAACGACAGAGGAUCUUCCACCGAUCACUAAUGGCUAUCCACCAACAAUCAAUAUGUAUGAACCUCAAGCCAAAUACCAGACAUACAGUCAGUAUCCCAAUGGUUCAGCCAAUGGCUUUGGUGCAGUUAGAAACUUUAGUCCCCCAGAGUAUUACCAAAUGGAAAACUCUAACGUGAGGCCACAUGAAGUUCUGGAAAAACCUUCCCCUCCACAACCCCCACCGCCACCACCUCCUUCAGUACCACAAACGGUGAUUCCAAAGAAGACUGGUUCACCAGAAAUCAAAUUAAAAAUAACCAAAACUAUCCAGAAUGGCAGGGAAUUGUUCGAGUCCUCUCUGUGUGGGGACCUUCUGAAUGAAGUGCAGGCAAGUGAGUAUGCUAAGAUGAAACACGAAGGGAGAAAGGAGAAAAGGAAAAAAAGUAGCAAGCAUGACUCUUCCCGAUCGGAAGAACGCAAGUCAUACAAAAUUCCAAAACUAGAACCAGAGGAACAAAGUAGACCAAAUGAGCGGCUUAGUGUGCUAUCAGAAAGACCAAGAGAAGAUAUACUGUUGGAGGAAACCCCGGUCCAGCAGUUCUCACCUUCUCUUCCAACGCAAGUUACAACAGACGUCAAGUUUCAGGUUGGCGAUCUAGUCUGGUCCAAGGUGGGAACUUAUCCUUGGUGGCCCUGCAUGGUUUCAAGUGAUCCACAGCUUGAGGUUCAUACCAAAAUUAAUACAAGAGGUGCCCGUGAAUACCAUGUUCAGUUUUUUAGCAACCAGCCUGAGAGGGCAUGGGUGCAUGAGAAGCGGGUUCGAGAGUAUAAAGGACAUAAACAGUAUGAACAAUUAUUGGCAGAAGCUACUAAGCAAGCCAGCAAUCACUCUGAGAAACAGAAGAUUCGUAAGCCAAGGCCACAAAGAGAGCGUGCUCAGUGGGAUAUUGGUAUUGCCCAUGCCGAGAAAGCAUUGAAAAUGACUCGGGAAGAAAGGAUAGAACAGUAUACCUUCAUUUAUAUAGACAAGGAGCCAGAGGAGGCUUUGUCCAAAGCCAAAAAGACUGCUGCCCCUAAAUCAGAGGCUAAAAAGAACCGUCGGCCUAAGCCAGCAUUGAACGCUCAGCCAGAACAGACCAAUGUGGUAUCGGCAUCCCCCUCAUUAUCAAAUACUGAGGUGCGAAGGCAAAGUCAAAGGAGGCAGUCAAGUGUGGAAGAAGAGGAGCCACCGCCUGUGAAAAUAGCCUGGAAAACAGCUGCAGCCAGGAAAUCCUUACCUGCUUCAAUAACCAUGCAUAAAGGGAGUUUGGAUCUUCAGAAAUGUAACAUGUCUCCAGUUGUUAAAAUUGAACAAGUUUUUGCCCUACAGAAUGCUGCUGGGGAUGGAAAAUUCAUCGAUCAGUUUGUUUACUCUACCAAGGGAGUUGGUAACAAAACUGAAAUAAGUGUCAAGGGACAAGACAAGCUUAUUUCUACAUCAAACCAGAAAAAUGAGAGAGCCACUGCGCAAAAUGCAUCCUCACCUGAAACAACUUCUGGGUCAACAGGUUCUGUAGAAAAGAAGCAACAGAGAAGAUCGAUUCGAACCCGCUCAGAGUCUGAGAAAUCCACUGAAGUUGUGCCAAAGAAGAAGAUCAAAAAGGAGCAGGUAGAAAUGGUUCCACAGACAGCAGUGAAGACUGGAUUACAGAAAGGUGCCAGCGAGAUUUCAGAUUCUUGUAAACCUCUAAAGAAAAGGAGUCGUGCCUCAACUGAUGUAGAACUGACUAGUUCAGCAUACAGAGACACAUCUGACUCUGAUUCAAGAGGACUUAAUGAUCUGCAGGGUAGCUUUGGAAAACAUUCAGACAGCCCAUCAGCUACUGCAGAUGCUGAUGCUUCUGAUGUACAAUCAGUAGACUCUAGCUUAUCAAGAAGAGGCACCGGAACAAAUAAGAGGGAUACUGUUUGUCAGAUCUGUGAAAGCUCUGGUGAGUCUCUGGUGUCAUGCGAAGCAGAGUGCUGUAGAGUCUUCCAUAUGGAAUGCCUAGGACUGAAAUCAAUACCUGAUGGGAAGUUCAUCUGCAUGGAGUGUAAAAAUGGACAGCACACAUGCUUUUCCUGCAAGCUUCCUGGUAAAGAUGUGAAGCGCUGUUCAGUCAAUGCUUGUGGUAAAUUUUAUCAUGAAGCCUGUGUUCGUAAAUUUGCCACUGCAGUCUUCGAGUCACGAGGAUUCCGUUGCCCGCAGCAUUGCUGUACUGCCUGCUCAAUGGAUAAGGAUAUCCACAAAGCAAGUAAAGGACGCAUGGUGAGAUGUUUGAGAUGUCCAGUUGCCUAUCACUCAGGAGAUGGCUGUAUUGCUGCAGGAAGCUUGUUUGUGUCAUCUCACAUUCUCAUCUGUAGCAACCAUUCCAAAAGGAAUCACUCUUCAUCAGCUGUAAAUGUAGGCUUUUGUUUCGUUUGUGCAAGAGGGCUGGUAGUGCAGGAUCAUUCAGACCCCCUGUUCAGUUCAUAUGCCUAUAAGUCCCACUACCUACUGAAUGAAUCAAAUCGUGCUGAGUUGAUGAAAUUACCUAUGAUUCCUCCUCCUUCGUCAGCUUCCAAAAAGAAAUGUGAGAAAGGUGGGAAGUUAUUGUGCUGCGAGUCCUGUCCAGCGUCCUUCCACCCUGAAUGUCUCAACAUAGAGAUGCCAGAAGGAUGUUGGAAUUGCAAUGACUGUAAAGCUGGCAAGAAACUACGUUACAAGCAGAUAGUUUGGGUCAAGCUUGGAAAUUACAGGUGGUGGCCAGCUGAGAUCUGCAAUCCCAGGUCUGUGCCUCUCAACAUACAGGGCCUCAAACAUGAUAUCGGGGACUUCCCAGUAUUUUUCUUUGGUUCACAUGACUACUAUUGGGUACACCAGGGCAGAGUUUUCCCUUAUGUUGAAGGAGAUAAAAGCUUUGCUGAGGGGCAAACUAGUAUUAACAAGACCUUCAAGAAAGCACUUGAAGAAGCUGCAAAACGCUUCCAGGAACUGAAAGCACAAAGAGAAAGCAAAGAAGCACUAGAGAUUGAAAGGAAUUCAAGAAAACCCCCACCUUACAAACAUAUUAAAUCCAACAAGGUAAUAGGGAAAGUUCAGAUUCAAGUUGCUGAUUUGUCAGAAAUCCCUCGCUGUAAUUGCAAGCCAUCUGAUGAGAACCCCUGUGGCCUAGAGUCAGAGUGUCUGAACAGGAUGCUACAGUAUGAGUGUCAUCCCCAAGUGUGCCCAGCAGGAGAGCGCUGUCAAAACCAGUGCUUCACCAAAAGACUCUAUCCAGAUGCUGAAAUCAUAAAAACCGAUCGACGUGGCUGGGGUCUCAGGACAAAAAGGAACAUUAAAAAGGGUGAAUUUGUAAAUGAAUAUGUUGGUGAAUUAAUUGAUGAAGAAGAAUGCCGAUUGCGGAUCAAACGUGCCCAUGAGAACAGCAUAACCAAUUUUUAUAUGUUAACUGUUACAAAGGACCGGAUAAUAGAUGCUGGUCCAAAGGGGAAUUAUUCUCGUUUUAUGAACCACAGUUGUAAUCCGAACUGUGAAACACAGAAAUGGACAGUGAAUGGGGAUGUUAGAGUUGGACUCUUUGCUCUCUCUGAUAUUCCUGCAGGGAUGGAGUUAACAUUUAAUUAUAAUUUGGACUGUCUGGGCAAUGGUAGGACUGAAUGCCAUUGUGGAGCAGAAAACUGCAGUGGCUUCCUAGGAGUACGGCCGAAGACGGCAUUUGCAACAGCGAAUGAAGAGAAGGCAAAGAAUGCCAAGCUAAAGCAGAAGAAACGGAAAAUAAAAACAGAGCAGAAGCAGAUGCAUGAGGACAACUGUUUCCAGUGUGGAGAUGGAGGAGAACUAGUCAUGUGUGACAAAAAGGACUGCCCCAAAGCAUACCACCUCCUAUGCCUUAACCUGACUCAACCACCAUUUGGAAAGUGGGAAUGUCCAUGGCACCAGUGUGACAUCUGUAGCAAUCCUGCAGUUUCAUUCUGCGAGUUUUGCCCUCGUUCAUUCUGUAAAGAUCAUGAGAAGGGAGCCCUAGUGGCAUCAGCAUUGGAUGGUCGUCUCUGCUGCUCCGAACAUAACCCCAAAUCUCCUGUGGCACCAGAGUAUUGGAGCAAGAUCAAAUGCAAGUUGCAACCCCAGAACCCUGGAGAAGAAGCAAAGGAAUAAAUUUAUUCAAACAACAAAUGGCAAAUAGAUGAUGAACUUGAAGAGACCGCUAUGGCACAUUCAGUCUUCAUCAUCAGCGCCGCCUUGCUGGAACUGGGAAAGGGACCAUCUAAUCUUGGCAGGCGGAAGCAGUCAGUCGUGUCCGUUUUGGGGUUUUUUUUUUUUUUCUGUUCUUGUCCUUUUCUUACCUUACCCUUGAAUGUGCUUCAGCAGCUCUUACUGUUGGAAAACAGAAAUGUCUUGGCUUUCUUAAGGAAAAAAGGUCAAAAAAAGCAAACCUGUUGACGUUGAAAAGAAUAUUGUGUUAAAAUAUGUUCUUUGAGUGUAGAAAGGAAAACAUAGCAUAUUUAUUUAUUUAAUUUUAAAGGAUGUUGAGGAUUCUGGUCCUGAUCAGUCAGCGUGUCUAAAAAAAUAAUUGAGUAGCAAAACCAAUCCGGUAUAACGUGUAUGUCUAGUUAUUAAAAAAGGGAGAGGAUCAACCCUCCCCAAUCUACAAACAGCUUUCACAUAACACCAUGAGGAGUGAUGUGGGUUUCAGAGCAGUGGACAGUGAAAUGCCUUCAUUCCAGCUGGUCAUCUUUAAAGGUCUUUUGAGAAGAUGGAUUUCAUCUCAUCAUGCUUAACUUAUUAUGAAUAAUGUUGUAAAGAUUUUCACAUAGGAAAUUAGGAGUAUAUCCAGUUUUGUAUUUUUUCUUGAAGUGCUUUUUAUUUCACUAGAUAUUUUAACAAAAAGGGGGAGGGAAGCAAUUACAGUCCCUCAUUGUUAAAUGAGCGGUGUUAGCUGACAAAGCAAGCAUAGAAAGAGCUUAAUUGUGCAGUGGUCAUUUUUCUGCCUCGCUUCAUUUGGAGGGCAGUUUUGGGUGGAGAGGAUUCAUGGGCAGCCUAGUCAUCUGAACAUUGCACUACAUUCAUCGUAGCGAAAGCCCUGAUCCUGCUUUUGUCGGAGUCAUUGCAAGCUUUGUCAUUGACUUCAGUGGGUGCAGGAUUAAGCCCUUUUCGAUGUAUUUAUCAGAUAUUUAGUCUGUGCUUGUUUCAUGGUGAUUCUCUUAGAGCCUGAUCCUUUGUUACCUUCCUCACAAACUCCCAUAGGUUUCAGAGGGAGUUCUUGAGUGUUAAAGGAAUAGGGGAUCAGCCCCAUGUGUGUAUUAUGUGUUUUUAAAAGAGUUUUGGGGAGCAGGGGUGUUUAGAUUUGCGGGGGUGGGGAUAAAUCUGCCAAUUGAAUUUAUCUUCUUUGGUUUUUAUCCAAUAGUGAAAAAUCAGUUCUUAAAAGCACUUCCUGAAUUAACAGGGUGUAUAUUGGGCCUAUACUAAGGCACUCAAUCUUACAAAAUACUGUGUAUAUCCCAGUAUAGUUAGCAUAGUCAACAAUAAUCCUUUAAUUUGUAGGCAAUGGCUGGUGUACUGAUAUUGCUAGCUACCUUUACACUAACUUUCUGCCACUUGGGUGUUCUGGAGCACCCCCCCUGAAAGGAAUUAAUACAAGGCAUGGCUGACAGAUGGCAGAGAGAGAAUUCUUUAUUCAUUCUGAAGAACAUUCAACAUUGUCUCUGGGAAAAUGUCUGCAUAGACCUGCAGGUACAAGGUGGCAUCUCAGUUCCAGAAAGUGACUAAUAAAGGAGUGGAGAAUAAUACCAUGGGGCUUUGGAAUAUGGCUCGGCUUUGUACCAGGUUUCCUUUUGCAUUUUCAAAUUAUUUCUAAUCUGGGGGGUGUGUGUGUGUGUGUGUGUGUGUGUGUGUGUGUGUGUGUGUGUGUGUGUGUGUGUGUGUGAUUUGUACUUUUUUUCUUUUUUUGUGCAAUUGCAAAAUUAACAAAAUACACUACAGCCGUUGAAGCACCUGAAAUGCCACUUCACUGACCUGGCAGCUAUUCCUCUUGGAACAAUUUACAGAUCCCUUUCCAGAAAACUCAGUUUGUUUGGGUUUUUUUGUUUUAUUACAUAGUAUAGAUCUCUCAUGUGAUCUGUGGGUCAGUUUAUAGUUCAGAGUGCUGAUGGAAAAUUCAGAUCACUUGUCCUGUUAUGGCCAAAACUGAAGUGAAUGUCUAAAACACUAAUCUUGCUUGUAAGCAGUGCUAUAUUUUGGUAUUUAAAAAAAAAAAAUAUUUAAACAAAAUAGGCUUUUAUUUUUCUUAGCUUUUUUGUGAUAAAUAAAAAAGAAGCUCUUAAUGGAGAAGGUUUUCACCCUUUUCUAAAAUUCCAAACACAACUCUUUCCUUGGUAGUGUCCAUAAGACCUGAUCCGUUUACAUUGCAUAAUAAAAUGUUAGGUUUUCUGUUGUUCAGAUGAUUUUAGGAUAUGGUAAGCCAGAAAGUGCUGAACUUUUAAAAUAUUGUAUGAUAAAGUGUUCCCAGGUGCUUUCUUCUAUAGUAUGUCAACACUGUGUUGUCAUUGACUGGGGAGGAAUGGCUAUGUCAAAAUGCCUUAAGCAUUUGAGAUGUCAAUGAGCUGACAGCGGUUUAAAAAUAUUAAUUGCCAUGUGAAAUUAUCAAAAUAUAUUCUAUGACAUAUCAGCAUGUUGGGCGUAACUAAGUAUAUGAAGGUACUCUGAAAGUUUAGCAAAUCAUAUAAUGCUGGAAGGGUCAUGGAGUCAGUUGUCACUCCUCUGCCAUGUCACUUUAUAUCUUCUGUUUCAAAGUUCUUGCUGAUUGUCCUCUUAUCUAAUCCUUUACAUAAGAAAACUGUAACUGAAAGAAGCCAACAGCUGGGCUGAGACAUUAAUGGUGUGAAGACAAGGAUAGCUUUUAAAUAUGUAUAAUUAUGAAUAUAAAACUUGAAUUGGUUUUCUAACUGCGACAGAGGGAGAAUUUCCAAAGCAUCAGGAAGCUUUUUAGUGAAAUAAGAGACCAUUGGGUUGAAAUAAAUUGGUGACAACUGGGGAUUAUCUUUAUUUAGGUGAUGGUUUUGUAUGCAGAACACAGAAUAUGCUGAAAACAAAUUUUAACCAUGUUUUUGUAACAUUAUUUAAAGUGAAUGGAGGAAUAACAUAACUUUUGUAGUAAAGCAGAAAUUUGUUGCUAUAAAUUUGUUACUGUAAAUAUUAACAUUUUGAUUUAUCAGUAUUUCUGUGUAUUUUGGGCUGUUGAAUUCAACUUUCAGUGUCUCUGAAUUGAGCUGUAGGAAGAAUGCGAGAGAGGCGUUUUUUGUUUGUUUGGAAGUUUUAGUCCAGAGUCCUACAAUUUGCUGCAAAGAAGAGAAUGCUGUGGUUGGUUGUUACUUCCUGGCUGGAAAAUAAAGUGCUCUAAUUGACUGUAUAUAAUAAUCUGGCAGCCCUUUCUUAAGUGAAGGAGGUGCUAAUCACAUUGUUUUUGCCCCUCAUUUGGAUUUUUUGUCUGUUUAGUUUUAAAAUAGGGUCAAACUUUCAGCAAACACCUGACUCUAGAUGAUAUUAUGCUGGCUACACAGUAAUGCAAUAUCUGAGCUGCCCUGCACAGAUGUUUCUGGUUUACUUUACUGGACCCCUUUUAUUAUAGAGUAUGCAUCUUACUUCAGAUCAGAGGUUCUGUGGACCAUGCCUUAAUGGUGUAAGGAUUAAUUACUGCAGUUUUCCGAUAGUCUGUAAAAUUGGCUUGUCGUCAUGUCAGUAGGAC